CCUCCUCCAUUCAUUACCACUCACCUUAAUUACUCUCUCUCUCUCACACACACAGACACACAUUUCCUAGCAAAAACAGGAAAUGGCAAGCUUUCCUUUGCACUUUCUCAUCACCUUCCUCCUGUCUCUCCUUCUCCCAACCCUCAUUUACUCCUCCCCAGUUCAGGAUCCAGAGCUAGUAGUACAACAAGUACAAAGGAGCAUCAACAAUGCCUCUCGGAUCAGGAGGAACCUGGCUUAUCUUUCUUGCGGGACAGGCAACCCAAUUGAUGACUGCUGGAGAUGUGACCCCAAUUGGGAGAAGAACCGCCAGAAGCUGGCUGAUUGUGCAAUUGGGUUUGGGAGGAAUGCCGUUGGUGGAAGAGAUGGCAAGAUUUAUGUGGUCACAGACUCCAGCGAUGAAGAUGCAGUGAACCCAAAGCCAGGAACUCUGAGAUAUGCAGUAGUCCAAGAUGAGCCAUUGUGGAUCAUCUUUGCACGUGAUAUGGUGAUAAAGUUGAAGGAAGAGCUGAUUAUGAAUUCGUUUAAGACCAUUGAUGGGAGGGGAGCGAGUGUGCACAUUGCUGGGGGUCCAUGCAUUACCGUUCAGUAUGUGACCAACAUUAUAAUCCAUGGCUUAAAUAUACAUGACUGUAAACAAGGAGGGAAUGCUAAUGUGAGGAGCUCCCCAUCGCACUAUGGGUGGAGGACGAUCUCGGAUGGCGACGGUGUGUCGAUCUUUGGCGGUAGCCAUGUGUGGGUGGACCAUUGCUCACUGUCAAACUGUGCAGAUGGGCUGAUUGAUGCAAUUCAUGGGUCUACUGCCAUAACCAUCUCAAACAAUUACAUGACACAUCAUGAUAAGGUCAUGUUGUUGGGUCACAGCGAUACCUACACUCAGGACAAGGCCAUGCAGGUCACCAUAGCCUUCAACCACUUUGGAGAAGGGCUUGUCCAAAGAAUGCCAAGAUGUAGGCACGGGUACUUCCAUGUGGUGAACAAUGACUACACUCAUUGGGAAAUGUAUGCCAUUGGGGGGAGUGCAGACCCUACUAUUAAUAGCCAAGGAAACAGAUUUGCUGCACCAGAUGACAGAUUCAGCAAAGAGGUGACCAAACAUGAAGAUGCACCAGAAAGUGAUUGGAAGAACUGGAAUUGGAGGUCAGAGGGAGACCUCCUGAUAAAUGGUGCAUUUUUUACUGCAUCAGGGGCUGGGGCUUCAUCAAGCUACGCUAAGGCUUCCAGCUUAAGUGCAAGACCAUCUUCUCUUGUCGGUACAAUUACAACGAGUGCUGGUGCACUUAAUUGCCGAAAGGGUUCUCAUUGCUGAGUGUGAUACCUCAACCAGAUUCCUUGCAAGUGCCUUUUAAAAGUCUUGUUGGAGGAGGCUAAAAUCUAUAGAAAAAUGAGUAGAUACUGAAGGGAGGGAAGUUAAAAAAAGGCACAAGAAGCUUAGGGUCAAUCUCUAUGGUCUACUUUUCUUGUCUUUUUCUUCCUUCCUUAUUUUCUCUUUCUACCCAUUUAUUUUUGCUCUUUUUUUUUUUUUCUACCUUUUGACUGACUCUGUUGGUCACAAUAUGUACAACCUCGGCCUGUUGCUCUUAGAACUCAUCUGGGGAUUUUGUCUGGGAAUCUCGAUGGGCUUAGAGAAAGCAAGUGCAGAAGUGUUGCUAUACCAAAUUAUCCUCUUUUUAUAUAUAGAUUUUUAUAUUAAAUUA